AUGGACGACGAAUCUGAGCUUAAACACCAAAAGGAGGCGGCCGGUGACCGUAUUCGCUGGGACGCCGACGAGGAGGCCGGCAGGAAGGCUCACCGCUCUAACGCUGGCCCGGCUCUUCAUCAUGCCAGGUCGAACACGUCAAUGUCUAUACACUCGGUCCGGUCAAGACGCAACUCCUUCGACGCUGCCGCUGAGCUUCCUAUCCAGUACCGCACGGUUUCCUUUGAGAUUGAAGAGUACAAGACAAAAAGCGAAGCCGUCAAGAAGGCCAAAAAUGUCGCAACAGAACUUUCGGAACUCGAAUGGCACACCCUCUCCGUCGACGAGCUUCUCAGACGCCAGUCGACUUCCCUCGCAGACGGCCUAUCCGCAGACCAGGUCCAGCGGCGCACAGCACACUAUGGCAAGAACGCGCCCUCGCCCGCCCCGACAAACCACACAAAACGCAUCCUCGGAUACUUCUUCAAGGGCUUCGGUACCGUCCUCCUCGUGGCUUCCAUCCUCGUCUUCAUCGCGUGGAAGCCCCUGGGAAGCCCGCCCGCCGUGGCUAACUUGGCGCUGGCCAUCGUGCUGCUUGCUGUCUUCUUCAUUCAGGCUGCCUUUAACAUGUGGCAGGACUGGUCCUCUUCGCGGGUGAUGAACUCCAUCAAGACUAUGUUACCCGAGAACUGCAUGGUUAUUCGUGAUGGCAACCAGGUUGAGCUCAUGGCUGAAAACAUCGUCCCUGGUGACAUUCUGAUUGUCAAGUCGGGCAACAAACUGCCUGCCGAUGUGCGUUUUCUCAAGGUUUCUUCUGAUGCAAAGUUCGAUAGGGCUAUCUUAACUGGAGAGUCUGUUCCUUUGCCCGCUUCUGUUGACUCGACCGAUAACAACUACCUCGAAACUCGAUGCAUCGGUCUUCAGGGCACACAUUGUGUCUCGGGCACUUGCACUGGUGUUGUCGUGGCCACUGGUGACAACACUAUUUUCGGACGCAUCGCCAAGCUGACCAACGAGCCCAAAAAGGGGUUGACGACGCUGGAACGCGAGGUUUUGCACUUUGUGCUGAUCAUCUGCUCCAUCAUGUUCCUCAUGAUUGUGCUUGUCUUAAUUGUUUGGGGUGCAUGGCUUAGAAAACAGUAUCCUAACUGGAUCAACGUUCCCAACUUGAUUAUCUCCUGCGUCUCCGUCGCUGUGGCCUUCAUUCCUGAGGGUUUGCCUGUUGCUUUGACGGCAAGUAUGACCAUCAGCGCAAACAUGAUGCGGAAGAACAAGAUUCUGUGCAAGUCGCUCAAGACGAACAAGAUGAUUGUGACCGAGUGUGCCAUCGGCACCAUGAAGAUGACGGCCGACGGUGCCCGGGACAAGAUCGCAGUCGACAGACACAACCACCCCAAUAACAACUCCUUGGAGCAGCUUCGUGCGCUCGCCGGUCUCUGCAACGCCGGCCAGUUCGAUGCCGCGACCGUUCGCUUGCCGCUCCACGAGCGUGUCAUUCACGGUGAUGCUACAGACCAAGCCAUUUUGCGCUUCUCCGAGAGCCUGGGGCAGACCGCUGAGCUGCGCCGUUGCUGGCAGACAAAGUACGAGCUUGCCUUCAACAGCAAGAACAAGUACAUGAUUCGGGUCCUGGGCAUGUCACACCCUGACGGGCUGUCGCUUGCUUUGCCUUCCGAUACUGCUUCGGUUUUCCAGCCGGGCGAUGUUCUGUUGACUAUCAAGGGUGCUCCUGAUGUGCUCAUGCCAAGACUGAGUAACUACGUCAACCCUGCCGGAUACACCACCUCCUUGGACCCUUCAACCCGUGCAUCGAUCGAGCAGAUCAAGGAUGAGUGGUCAGCUCAGGGGCGCCGUGUGCUGUUGCUCGCUCGCAAGGCUAUCUCAAGAUCUGCCCUCAAGGGCCACCCGUCUGACAGCGCUUACGAGAUGGAGAUUAACAACCAGGCGAAAUCCGGUCUUACGCUCGUCGGUCUCGUGGGAAUUGUCGAUCCUCCUCGUCCCGAGAUCCCCGAGGUUAUGAACACCCUUCGUGGCGCAGGCAUCCGCAUCUUCAUGGUUACCGGUGACUUUGCUCUCACUGCCCAGGCCAUCGCAGCCGAAUGCAACAUCAUCAGUGUUCCGCGCUCGCAGGUCGACGAUAUCUCGGCUCUCCAACGCAUCAACCACGUCGACCCCUCGAUCAAACAUAUCGUGGACGACCUCGAAUCCUCACCGCGCCAAGCCCUCGUCCUCUCCGGCCCCGAAUUGAUGACUCUCAACGAAGAGCAGUGGGACCAGCUGGCUCAAUACCAGGAAAUCGUCUUCGCUCGCACGACGCCGGAGCAGAAACUCCGUAUCGUCCGUGAACUCCAGGCCCGUCACGAGAUCGUAGGUAUGACCGGUGAUGGCGUCAACGACGCACCCUCUCUUCGCGCCGCUGAUGUCGGUAUCGCUCUUGGUUCCGGAAGCGACAUCGCCAUUGAGGCCGCCGACAUGGUUCUCCUCGACUCCUUCUCCAGCGUCGUCGAGGCCCUGCGGUAUGGACGCAUGAUGUUUGACAACCUCAAAAAGACCGUUGCCUACCUCCUCCCGGCUGGCAGUUUCUCCGAGUUCUGGCCAGUCAUGACCAACGUCCUCUUUGGCAUUCCCCAGAUCCUCAGCAGUUUCCUCAUGAUCAUUAUCUGUCUCUUCACCGACGCCGCUGCCGCUAUCGCCAUGGCCUACGAGGCGCCCGAGGCCGACGUGCUUCUUCGCAAGCCUCGUGUGCCCGGAAAGGACCGCCUCGUUGACUGGCAGCUCGUCGUGCAGUCUUACGGCCUGGUGGGUGUCUUGGAGACAUUGUCUUCGUUUGCCAUGUCCUACUGGUACCUGGAGCGCAACGGUAUCAAGUUCAGCGACAUUUGGUUCUCCUUUGGAAACUUGCCCUCCACGAUCGAUCCGGACUACUACCAGCAGAAGCUCAACGUUGCAAGCUCAAUCUACUUUGUCAACCUUGUCGUCAUGCAGUGGUUCAACCUCCUGGCCAUCCGCACCCGUCGGUUGUCGCUGUUCCAGCACCCGCCCAUCGGCAACAAGCGCACGCAGAAUUUGUAUCUCUUCCCCGCCAUUAUCUUUGCGCUCCUGAUGGCCAUCUUCUGGCUGUACGUUCCCGAGUUCCAGACGACGCUCGCCACGGCCCCUGUCCCUGUCGAGUACUGGUUCCUGCCGAUGACCUUUGGCCUGGGUAUUCUUCUCAUCGAUGAGGCGAGAAAGUUUGCUGUGCGGAAGUGGCCCACGGGCAUCAUUGCAAAGUGCGCAUGGUAG